AUUACUUUUGCCCCUGCUGCUGGCAGAGGCUGCUUCAUGGCAUACUGCAGCUGAAGCUGCUUUUCACUUGGGCCUGAUUCUACUGCAUCUUAUAAUACGCCUGAAUUGAAUCUUGAGUGACAAAUACAAACAUUAAGAUGAAUGUUGACAUGCUGAAGAGGUGUACCAGGGCUUUACUGUUAUUUACAUUAGUGCUUCCUUGGAAUGGAUUUAUACUUGGUGAAGAAGGAAAAGACAUGUCAGCUCGAUGCAGCCUGUUUGGUAGACAUCACAUCCAGACAUUUGAUGGACAACUGUUUGACUUUCCUGGAGACUGCAGUUACAUGCUUGCUGGCGACUGUCAGAAACGAUCCUUCACUCUUUUAGGAGAUUAUCAACACGGGCAAAGAAAAAGCAUCUCUGUGUAUCUUGGGGAAGUCUUUGAAAUUCAUCUGUUUUUUGACGGAACUGUUACACAAGGUGGGAAAAGGAUUCCUCUACCUUAUGCAUCUAAUGGUGUAUUUGUGGAAACAGAGGCAGGAUAUUAUAAGAUAAGCAGUGAAGAGUAUGGGUUCCUGGUAAAAACUGAUAACAAUGGCAAUGCUCAAGUCUUACUAUCAAUGAAACAUUUUAACAAGACCUGUGGCCUAUGUGGAAAUUUUAAUAUGGACCCAAAUGAUGAUUAUAUAACUCAAGAAGGUUUUGUAGCAGAAAGCAGCUAUGAUUUUGCUAAUUCUUGGGCACUACAUGGAUCUGGAAAACCUUGCAAACGUGCUGUCCCUCCAAGUCAAACUUGCAAUAUUUCUUUGGCUGUUGGAGAAGACCCAAUGCAGAGGUGUAGGCUGUUAAAGACAUCUUCUGUGUUUCUAAAAUGCUCUCAUCUUGUUGACCCUGAACCAUUUGUUGCUCUCUGUGAAGAGGACACCUGCCAUUGUAAUGGAGAUCAGAUUUGCCAGUGUGAUGUUUUUAUGGAAUAUGCAAGAAGUUGUGCUCAGAAGGGCUUGGUUUUGAAAGGAUGGCACAAGGACAGUCAUUGUAAUCCAAAAUGCCCUCUGGGAAUGGAAUAUAAUGAGUGCACUAUUCCCUGUAGCCACACCUGUCAGAAUUUGAAUAUUAAUGAAGUCUGCAAGAAUGAGUGUGAGGAUGGCUGCCGCUGCCCUGAAGGAAAGAUUAUUGAUGAUGACCGCUGUGUUGAUAUAUCAGAGUGCUCUUGUGUUCAUGCUGGCAAGCGAUAUCCUCCUUCAUCUAGCAUCUCUCAGGACUGCAACACAUGUGUCUGCAGACAUGGUUUCUGGCAAUGUAGCAAUGAGGAAUGUCCAGGAGAAUGUUUUGUCACUGGACAAUCUCAUUAUAAGAGUUUUGACAACAAGUUCUUUACUUUUGGUGGAAUCUGCCACUAUUUGUUUGCUAAAGACUGCUGGGAAAAUACAUUUGCUGCCAUCAUAGAAACAGUGCAGUGUGCUGAUGACAGGGAUGCGAUUUGUGCAAAGUCUGUCACUUUACGCUUCCAAGAAACUGCUAAUAUAACAAUCAAAAUGAAGCACGGAGGAGGGGUGUCUGUGGGAGGCAUGGAUAUUCAGACUCCUUUAAUUCAAGGGCCACUUCGCAUUCUAAGAACUACAAUGUCUUCAAUAAGGCUUACAUACAAUGAGGACAUCAUGAUGGACUGGGAUGGACGUGGGAAGCUGUUACUUAAGCUCAGCCCAGUAUAUGCUGGAAAAACAUGUGGCCUUUGUGGAAACUACAAUGGCAAUCAAAGAGAUGACUUCACUACCCCUGCAGGACUAAAUGAGGCUCGCGUGGAGAAUUUUGGGAAUUCCUGGAAGAUUAAUGGUGAAUGUGAAGAUAUCCUGAAGCAAGACAACGACCCGUGCAUUCUUAAUCCUAAAAGAGUGAAGUAUGCUGAGGAAGCCUGCGCUGUGCUCUUCUCACCUGAAUUUAAACCCUGCCACUAUGAGGUCAACCCUGCUCCAUUUUUCAAAAAUUGCCGCUAUGAUGUGUGCUCAUGUUCUGACGGACAUGAGUGUCUGUGCUCAGCUGUGGCCAGCUAUGCAACUGCCUGCACCAGGAAAGGAGUGCUUAUAAAUUGGAGAACUUCAGAUUUUUGUGAGAUGAGAUGCCCAGAAGACCAGACAUAUCAACAGUGUGGAAGUCCAUGCAAUGAAACAUGUCGUUCCCUCUCCUUUCCGGAUGUCUCCUGCUCUGAACUCUGUAUAGAAGGAUGUUUUUGCAGCCCAGGACUUUAUGCUACAGAGAAUGGAGAAUGUGUUCUUAAAUCACAGUGCCCUUGCUAUUAUGAUGGAGAACUCUUUCAGCCUGGAGAUGUCAUUUCCAACCACAUCAAUUUGUGUUACUGUGAGAAUGGGGCAAUGACCUGUUCAUCUAAUGAGUUGCCAGGGGCAAUGCUGUCUGACAUGUUUUUCAAUGAUUUGCCAUCUCUCAGAGUUAAAAGAGCACUAAUGUGUAGACCACCUAUGGAGAAGUUUAUCUGCAGCAGUCACCUUGCUGAAGGCAUAGAAUGCACAAAAACAUGUCAAAAUUAUGAUCUAGAGUGUGUAAGCCAGGGAUGCAUUUCUGGAUGCAUGUGUCCAGCUGGGAAGGUUAGACAUAAAAAUCGGUGUAUUUCACCAGAGUCCUGCCCUUGUUUUUACAAUGGCAAAGAAUACCUUACUGGCACAUCUGUCACCAUGGACUGCAACACUUGUGUAUGUCACAAUAGGAAGUGGGUCUGCACAGAGAAAAUCUGCGAUGGCACCUGCAAGGUCAUUGGAGAAGCAAAUUAUCUCACUUUUGAUGGCCUGAAAUACAUCUUCCCUGGACUUUGUCAGUAUGUUUUGGUGCAGGAUUAUUGUAGUGGAAGUGAAGGAACCUUUCGCAUUCUGGUAGAGAACAGUGGAUGUGGUGUUCCAGGGCAGAAGUGUUCCAAAUAUAUUACCAUUCUUUAUGAGGGAGGAGUCAUAGAAAUGCUGAAUGGAAUGGUUACAAUGAAAAAACCUGUUAGUGACCAAACACAAAUCGAGAUAAUAAAGUCUGGACUAUACUACAUUAUCCUUUUGGGUCAAGGAUUAUCUGUAAUGUGGGACCUGGGUACUCGGGUUACAGUACAAAUGCAAGGCCACUACAGGAAUAAAGUAUGUGGUCUAUGUGGUAAUUUUGAUGGAAUCCAGAACAAUGACCUAUUGAGCAGCAAUAAUCAACUGGAAGUUGAACCUGUAGAUUUUGGCAACUCCUGGAAAGUCAACCCUCACUGUGCAGAUGCAAUUCAGCUUCCCUCCCAGUGCAGUGACAACAUUGCAAAGCUCGUUUCAGUGGAGCAGUCCUGCAGUGUGUUAAGCAGUGAACUCUUUAAAGAAUGCAACAGAGUGGUGGACCCUGAACCAUACUGGGAGAUAUGCACUUUUGAUACCUGUUCCUGCCAGUCCAUUGGUGACUGUGUUUGCUUUUGUGAUGCAAUAGCAGCCUACGCCCAAGAAUGUGCUGAAAGAGGAGUUGUUGUGCACUGGAGAUCCAAUGACCUCUGCCCUUUAAGUUGUGAGGAUCUGAAUAUAGCAGAAUCUGCAUACCAUUGUGAGUGGAGGUACAAUGCUUGUGCUCCAGCAUGCCCAAUUACGUGCCAACAUCCUGAACCUCUGGACUGCCCUGCAAAAUGUGUGGAAGGAUGUCAUUCAACCUGUCCACCAGGAAAGAUAUUGGAUGAAGUAGCAAUGAAAUGCAUUGAUCCUACCGAGUGCCAAGUAUGUGUGCAUGAAGGAAGAAGAAUUGCUCAUGGGAAGAAAAUAAUACUAAACCCAGAAAGCAAAGAACUGUGUAAGAUAUGCCACUGUCAAGGAAAUUAUCUCAAAUGUGAAUUAUGUCCUGUCGAGUUGUCAUCAACUGUGGCACCUGAAGCUCCUCUUACCACUCCUUACAUGGUACUCAGCACGACUCCUGUGCCAGAGAGUGCCUGUAGCAAAAUGAUGGACCUUGCAUUCAUGGUGGAUGGAUCAUCAUCUCUUUCAGAGGAAGACUUUGAAGUUGUUAAACAGUUUAUCCUUAAUGUGGUGGAACAGUUUCGCAUGGGUCCCACUUACACCCGUGUUACAGUUCUACAGUUCUACUCUGGCAUUAAAAGCUAUGGCUUGCAAGUUCACAAGUCUGUUUUUAAAAAAAUGGUGAAGGAUAUGAAAUAUAGUGGUGGAGAAACAGCAUUUAUCAAUGAAGCUUUAAAAUAUCUAGUGUGGAAUAUCUAUGACAAAGAUAAGAGAGAGAAUGCACCCAGAGUUGCAGUACUGCUAGCAGCUAGCACAUCACCUCGUAAUGUCAAAAGCAUGGUGAAGCUAUUGAGCAAGAAUUCUAUUACCAUGAUUUCAGUUGGCCUUGGACCAUAUGUUUCUCAGAGCCAAAUUAAGCAGAUUGGCAGCUAUUCUCCAAGCAACAAAGUGCUCUUUCUGAGCAGUGUUAGUGAACUAGAUGGCUAUACUAAAGAGAUCACUGAAUAUCUAUGCCAGCUGGGCCGGACUCCAACUGUACAACCUCCCAAGGAAACCACCCCGAGAAAGACAACACCUGCUCCUACUACCACCACCACUAGUCAGUUUAUUACUCCAGGAAAAUUUAUUCCUCAUAAUGAAAUUCCUCCCUCCAUCUCAACAUCUCCACCUUUUUUUACCAGUACAGUUUCUUUUGAGGCUAUACUGGACAUCACAUUUGUAAUUGAAGGCUCAGAAAAAGUGGGAGAAAGGAAUUUCAACCUGACUAGGGAGUUUCUUUUGCAGACCAUAAAACGGUUGCCUGUUGGGGAGAAAACCAUUCACAUUACUAUUAUCCAGUAUUCUUAUGAAGUAAUCAUUGAGUAUACUUUCACGCAGAGUCAAGAAAAGACUGAAAUACUGGAGAAAGUGAAGCACAUGGAGUGGCAAAUGGGAAAUGCUACCAAUACUGGAAAGGCAGUUGAAACAAUAUCUGAAAACACAUUCACAACAGAGCAAGGUGACAGGGAUCAAGUCCCUAAUCUGGUGUUUCUUAUAUCCAGUCAAACACCCAGUGACGUUAUCACAAAGCCUCCUGAGAGCUCUCAGAUUAACAUUAUUCCAAUUGGUGUGGGACCCCAAAUAAACGAGAUGGAUCUUGACUUGAUCAGUUUUCCUAAAAAACCUAUUUUAAUCCAAAACUAUGAUGAACUUAUUACAACAGUACCUGAAAUUAUUGAGAUAAUACAAAAAGAUUUACUUCAUACUACUCCAGCUUCUUCACUUUUAAAUUUUACCCCUACACCAACUACAUCACUUCCUGCAUCAGUUCUCUGUGAUCGACUUAUGGAUGUUAUUAUUAUGCUGGAUGGAACCGCUUCCUCGAUGGAAGAGUCACAAUUUGAGGAAGUUAAAACAUUCGUGAAAGCCUUCAUCAAUCAAGCUAACAUUGGUGUAAAUGGAACUCAUGUGGCUGUUGCCCAGUAUGGCAGUAUUAAUACACUGGAAGUCUCAUGGGUGGACCAGCAGACUAGAGAGAACCUCAUCAGCCUUGUUAACAUAAUACAACAGCAGGAAGCAGCCCCAGUCAGAUUAGGGGAAGCUCUAGACUUUGCUGUUCAGAGUGCUAUAUCAGAGGCACAUGGCGGAAGACCUGGGGUGCCUAAAAUUGCAGUGGUAAUUGUCACUCAAGUGUCUCAAGACUCAGUAGAGAAGGCAGCAAAAGAAGCAUUAUCAGCAGGACUGUUGGUCUUCCCAAUUGGAAUUGGAAACAAUUACAACAAUAUCCAGCUUGUAACAUUGGCCGGGAAAGGCAUGCAACACAAUGUUAUACGUUUGAGCCAAAUAGAAAAUCUCCCAGCAAUGGUGACCCUUGACAAACAAUUCAUUGACAAGCUCUGCAGAGCUGGUCCUCCUGGAGUGUGUGUAGAUGAUGAAGGGAAUGAGCGAAAGCCUGGAGAGUCCUGGAAAAUGGCUGAUAAAUGCUACUCUGUGAUUUGUCACCCCAGUGGUGCCUUGGUAAUGCAGACACACAAAAUUAACUGCGAAAAGAUGCAAAAACCUGUUUGCAGAAACAACUUACCUGCUGUCAAGGUUGAAGAGACAUGUGGCUGCCGAUGGUCUUGUCCUUGUUUCUGUAUGGGAAGUUCGACUAAUCAUAUUGUUACCUUUGACGGACAUGCUUUCAAGUUGACUGGUUUCUGCUCCUAUACUUUACUUACGGAUAAAACACAUGAUGUUGACAUAAUCUUACACAGCCAGCCAUGUGCAACAUCUUCAGAACAGAGCUGCAUGAAAUCCAUUGAGGUCAUACAUGAUGGGGUUAACACUGUACUGAAUGAUAACAUGAAGGUGACAGUUAAUGGACUGAACACAAAUGUCCCAUUCCGCUCACAUGGAGUAGAAGUUGCGCUUUAUGGAGCUCUCAUUUAUGAACUGAAGAUUCUUAAAACUGGAUAUGUUCUGACCUUUACUCCUAAGAAUAAUGAAUUUACAAUACAGCUGAACUCUGCCCAACUUGCCACCAAAACAGCUGGACUUUGUGGUUACUGUGAUCAGAAUGAUGCAAAUGACUUUAUACUUAAGAAUGGCACAGUCACUGUGGACAGUACCAUAUUCAUUAAGGACUGGACAACUGAAGGACCAAGUGGUGUAAAUUGUGUACCUAUCAUGAACAAAAACUGCACCCAUCCAAUUAGUGACCAGUGCUUGGUUUUACAGUCUUCACUGUUCCAGAGAUGUCACUCUUUUGUGCCUGUUGCAGACUAUGUUGCCCUGUGUCAGGAGAACAGCUGCCAUGGUGCAGAUAUCUGUGAGAUAAUCUCUGCGUAUAGUAUGCAUUGUCGACUACAAGGGAUCUGCAUUGAAUGGCGAUCAGCUAAGCUCUGUGACAUUUCAUGUCCAAGUUCAAUGGAAUUUGAAAGCUGUAAAACAGGCUGUGUCCAGCAAUGCAAUAAUGUUAACACCACCCACUGCAUGGAAACUCCAACAGAAGGUUGCUUUUGUCGACAAGGCAGUGUCUUACACAAUGGAGAAUGUGUUCCUAAAGAAUUCUGCACUCAAUGUAUUGACGAAUAUGGAAUAGCUCAUCAGCAUUUGGAAUCAUGGAUUCCAUCACACAAUCCUUGCCAGUUAUGUAUCUGCUUGGACAACAAACAAAUUAACUGUACUACAAAACCUUGUUCCAAUGCACCAGCUCCUACAUGUGGAGUAUGUGAAGUGCUCAGGGUGAAAAAAGGGUCUGAUCAGUGCUGUCAGGAAUAUGAAUGUGUGUGUGAUAUGGCUUCCUGCAGCAUUCCUCCAGUUCCUAAAUGUGAAGAUGGUCUUACACCAGUUCUAAAAAAUCCCGGAGGAUGCAGACCUGUUUAUGAAUGUGCUUGCAAGAAAGAUGAGUGUAAACUUAAGCCAGUUCCAACCUGUCCACCACAUCGAGAACUCACUGUGAGGAAGACCCAGUGCUGUGACCAAUAUGAAUGUACCUGUAACUGCAUCAAUUCCACAGUCUCCUGUUCCCUUGGAUAUUUGUCCAAAUCAGUAACCAAUGACUGUGGUUGCACAACAGUGGAAUGUCUUCCCACUAAGGUGUGCACACAUCGUGAUAUUGUACAUCAGGUUGGCAGUGCAUGGGACGAGAACUGCCAAAUAUGCAAUUGCACAGAGGAGCAGGAUGAAGUAACAAGACUGCAUAAAGUGAUCUGUGUAAACAGAAACUGUAAUGAGAUUUGCCCCAUGGGUUCUGUAUACACUAGAAAACAAGGGGAGUGCUGUGGAAUAUGCAAGAAAUCAUAUUGUCAGGAGGAGGCACUGUCACCACUGGGGGACCUUGACACUGGAGGACGUCUACGAUAUGUUGGUGAAAAGUGGAAGUCUCUUGAAAAUCCCUGUGUUGUCAAUGAGUGUGUUAAGAUAAAUGAUGAAGUAUUUAUAAACCAUUCAAAUAUGUCAUGUUUGGAAAUGGACACACCUAAGUGCCCAAUAGGAUUGCAGCUGCAGUGCCAGGUUCUUUCAGGUGCCUGUUGUCCACAGUGCCAGUGUGUACCAGUGGAUGGAUGUGUGAUGAAUAACACUAUUGUUGGGGCUGGAGAAGUUAUUUUGAUUAAUGAGUGUUCAAAAUGUCAAUGUAAUGCAGAAGGUGGCUUGGUCAAGAAGUACAGACUGCUCUGUGGAAAGAUCAACUGUUCACCAUGUCAGAACGGCUACAGACUAGAGAAGGUAAAUGGAUCAUGCUGUGGCAAGUGUAUAGCAACUGCAUGCUCUGUUAUUCUUAAAGAUGGAUCGGGUUUAUCUCUAAAGGCAAAUGAAGUCUAUCAGGAGGGAUGUACAUCAUAUUCUUGCAAAAACAACAGCAAUGGAGAAUUAAUUUUAGAAAAAAGGAUAACCAAUUGUCCACCUUUUGAUAGAAAUAAAUGUAUAGCUGAUGGGGGCAAAGUUGUGCAGAUGGGUGACACGUGCUGUGAAACAUGUGCUGAACCAGAAUGCAAGCAGACACUGGGACUACUUAAAUAUAUAAAAAUUGAUGACUGCAUGUCUGAAAAACAGAUUGACAUUCACUAUUGUGAGGGGAAAUGUUCCAGUAAAUCAGUCUUCUCCUUGGAGAAAAAUAAAGUUGCCAACCACUGUGUCUGUUGUACUGCAACAUCAACAGAAGCUGUUCAGGUUCCUCUCCGAUGCAGCAAUGGAACUAUCCUAGAACACACUAUUCAGAAUGUAAAAGGAUGUGACUGCUUAUCUCAUGCCUGUGAAGGUGACUGAAAAAGGAUCAAGCUACUUAUGAUGAUUAUGUAAAAUGUUCUGCUGUGAAAACUCCGUCAUUAAUUGCUGUUUACACAUGCCACAUAACUCUUUAAAAUCUGGAGUAAAGCAAACUUGUUUUCAUGUAUUAAAAAUCACUUCAUAAACCUCUUCUUAUUCCCAUAUACAUAUUGUAUUUCAAUCGAUGAUUCAAUUACAAUAAAUACAAAUAAUUUAAAAUUAUA